AUGAUCCCCAAGCGAGUAACCAACGUCAACAACCUCGUCCUCCUCCGGCGACCAGCGAACCGCAGCAACUACCUCUCCACCACGGCCGCCGCCUUCCGCGCCAGUCCCGCGCCGCCGCAGCGCGACCACCGGCCCUCCGCCUCCUCGUCCUACGGCCCCAACGACCCGCGCGGCGGCAGUCCCGUGGACGACAUCGACGUAGUCUUCGACUUCCCCUCCGAGGGCCAGGCCAGCUACCAGAAGCGCUCGCUCGACGAGUCCGGCCUGGACAUCCACUCGGCCAUGCCCCACCAUCAGCGCGGGGCAGCAGCAGCAGCAGCAGCAGGCAUGAAGAGAGGAGGAGGAGCAAAGGAGAUGGCGGAGGGGAAUGUCAUGUAUGUGCUUCUCAACCAGGUUCUGUUUCCCUACGGAUAUAUCGGCCUCGGCGCGCUGGGACUCGGUGGGCUGUACAUGGUCAUGCGUCGGCGGGGUCCCAGUCCGAAGGCGGCGUAA